GGUGCGUUUAGUUUUUUUCCGUUGCCUUGGGUAACGGCCGGUUUCUCUUCCAAGUGUUUUUUUCCAUGUGUUUCAUGGAAUUAUGCCGCAUAAGGCGGAUGUUUAACCCCGCUCCCAGUUUGUUUUCUCGCGCAGACGAAAGCUGCGAGGAUCGACAACUGCUGCUUACCAUGUUCAAGGAAAUAGAGUCAGAGACUGGUGCGCGCUUGUACGACAAAGCUGAAGAGGCGGGAGGGGGUGCUCCGGGGGUGGAAGUGUUGCCCCCGCUCCUUUUCCCGCCCGGCAAGAGCGGCGUCAAACAUCGUGGCAACAACAAGACGACCGCGUCCAGCUUCCCGAAGGCCCUGCAAAACCUCUUGGAGGACCCUUCGAUUGCAAAGGUCGGCGUCAACAUCAAUUCGGACGCGACGUAUCUAGAGCAGGACUACGGGGUCGAAGUGGCGAACACGGUGGACUUGCGAACUUGCGCAAGACAGAGCUGGGUGGAGACCCCGUGUCGUUCACUGGCGGGUAUGACGUCUCACUUGCUUGGGAGACAGUUGCCCAAGGAUCCGGUCGUCCGCUUGUCUCGCUGGAGUGCUCCCCUCGCUGACAAGCAAGUGCAGUAUGCCUGCUUGGAUGCUUACGCGUCCGUUCUUGUUUAUCAGGAGGUGGCGAAGUUUCAGGAUCCUAUUCUUUUCCCUCCUCCGGUGGAGCUGCAACCCGGAACAAAGGUAGAGCAGGCCCUUGUCGGCAAGGGAAUGACACCAGAAGCCGUUGUUGAGUACAAGGACAAGAACUGGACGUUCUUCGUUCGGAAUUGUCGGCGGCUGGUGCCGGAGGAGAAACGAUUGCUCGAGCGCUUCAAUGCAACCGUUGUCGAUGCUCUAGGCCUCGAUGCGCCACGGCGUUGAAAAAACUUAUAGGGGUGAAAACUGGGAACAUCCCUCAGGGGUACCCCAAACGGUUAAAGGGUUCGUAGGAGGUACAGAGGAUUCGCACCCCCGUUUUAUGAACGCGAUAGAUAUUGGAUCCCUCCUAGGGUGAAUGUCAGAACCCUCGCUUCACCAUCGCCUCGUAUGCCUGCGUGGGAGAGCAUCCUUGGCAACAUUUCUCAACAGAUUUUCUCUCAACCCACGAAAAACGAGCACAGCACCUAACCAGACGUUACCCACGAAUCUUUCACGAGGAGCAUGCGUGCAGCAAAUGCCCCCCCCGGAUCUGUAUGGACUCAACGAGCGAUUUAAGGUCGGCCUUCCGGAAAAAUCGAAAAAAUCACCGAGAUUUCCCAUUUUUCGUGAGAUUCGUGACGUGCCCCCCUUCCGGAAAAACGCCGCAGCGGCCAAAAACACUCAAUUUCACGUAACAUGCUUCAAACUUAUCGGAACUACUUCUCUUAUGGCGGUAUUGAGUUUCUUCGCUUGGCGGUCAGUAAUUUGUUUCGUGUAUAUGUACCCUGGUUUCUUUCCCGGCCUUCUCCAUGCACUUGCCCUACAAGGGUUAUCAUCGCUACCUUCGCAGGCUGCUCUCAACUUACUGCGCGUCUCCUUCACUGGCUCACUCCGUUCUUCUCGAGUUCAACUACCGUUGGAAUGUUGGGAUGGCUGUGAAGAACCGCGGCCUACCAAGGGAGGUUGGGGAGUUCUUCGAUCAAUUCGAGAUUUAGAUAAUUCAACGAGAGACUGCUAGCUGGUACCCAGACAGCCCCUUGUUUCCUGAAUGGGUCUCUGCGCUUGACGCAGCAGACACUGGUGAGCAGAGCGGCCUUUCUGAGAGCCUGUGGGGGCCUGCCAGUGGUGGGGACGUACCGAGCGAGCCUAGCGAUCUUGUUGACGAGCAAGGGUUGGCCCAAAACGCCGUACCAAUGCCAAAGCUCACGCAUUCUGCGAAGUACGCUCAAAUGAUGCAUGCCGGCAUGCCGGUCACGCCCGUUCAUACUGGAGCAGAGAAACGGAAAUUUGCGAGCGAGCUGAACAGCCAACUCUAUAUGCCGGGGCAGCCAAAGGGGAGGAAUCAGAACUACCAAAACAUCAACUUUGAUGCCUGGGCCGUAGCAUGGAACCAGCAUUGUGCCAAGAUCGAGUCUGGUCUUGUGGAGUUUGAAGCAGUGUAUCGUAAAACCUCAGGUCAGCUGCAGUCGUACCACCAAAAGUUCCUUGAACGUGCUAACGCUCAAUUUACGAUGUUGCCUUUGCGCAAUCAGCAUUCAGCGCUGCGUGUGCACCUACAGGAAGGUGAAGAGGGUGCGGCUUUUGGUGAUUUAGUCGGUGUCAGUGUCCCCCUUGCUGUUCCACGGAGUGUGGUCGUUGCAGGAGGGGGUGCUGCGGGUGGGGAAGACUUGAGGGAAGAUGAUUCAGAGAUGGUGGACGUUGGUGAUGACGAUGAGGAUGGCAUUGGUGGUGGCGGCUUUGACGUUGGUGGAGGUGGGAUUGAGGUACAAACCCAAGCAAAGGGGAAGAAACGCAAGGGGCCCCCGCGGGAGCCGCAGAUUUGCACAACUUGCGGCCACCGCAAACAGCAAGGCUCGAACAAGAGCGCGCACGCUAACCCGCGAAACAAGUUGGGGAGCCCGCCUUGCAGUGUGCCACCAGGAGAGCGUCGGCCGGAGAGUGAGAGAACAGGAAGGCUUCAGCGGGGGCAGAAGUUGUUCGGCCGGUGUGAUUGUGCGAAGUGUUGCUCAGCGGAUGGUUGAAAAUAUGGUGCGUGUGUGUUUGGGUUUCGGUAUGGCAUUUAGUACCAGUAGUGAGUAAGUGCACAAUGAAGUGUGUGACGGUAUUGUCCGGGAUAUUAGGGCGAAGUGCCGAACACCAUU